AAUUUCGCGGCGUCCACUGAACAGCUUCGACUUAUCGCUCAAUGUCGGAUAUUGCAGUGAUCUUCCUCCCGAAGUGUGUUUUGACAACCACACAGGAAACGAAGUGACGUCAAGCAACACGCAUCAGCCAACCGCCUGGCGACAGCCUUUAGGUAUAGCCGUACUUCUAGUUCGCUCUGCAGCCCCCGCACGGUUCCCACAUCUUCCAGAAAAAACGGUACAGUGGCCUGUUACUGUCACAGGAACAUCUACUGGGAGGUCCAUACGACGUAACGAACCGGUUGCGCCGUGGCGACCGUCCCACCACGCGAGGAGUGGUGGCGUAGCGCUUUAGAGACACUGGUACGUUAACUGGCCGUUUUUAUCGGCUUCCGGUGUGCGUCUCGGUACAAUAAGGUCCCGAGCAGUUUUCGUCUAUAUUCGCCUGCUGAACUCUAGAAAAGCUAUAGCUUGUGUUGGAUGCAGAAUGUUCUUACGUAGCUUCGACGAUUUCCAAUAUAGUGGGUGCAGGGAGCUUCAGGUGAAUUGGAAAGUGCUGUCACACUCCUCAUGAUACAUUACCGUGGCGUGUUCCAAGCCAGUGCAUUUUAUGAGUCCACAGUUGACGCGCUAGUAUAUAUGAGCUAAUGAAGAGGAUCAACAGUCUGAAGGGAUUCCAAGUUCCCUUGGACUUGAUGUGGUCGGGAGCUUCGUUUAUCGGUGAUAUACGUAUGGGCUUCGGCUGUGGGUGCCAAAGCGCGUAACAGCUAGUGAUCGUCACUGAAUGAAAACCCCCAGCUGCGUUGUGGAGUGCAUAUGCGUCUGACUUUGAAAUUGACAGAAUUGUCUCGCCUCACGCGCGGCAGGAUUGUGGAGAAACGGAUGCCAGAAGGUCCUAUCAGCUGGGUGAAGAAUUGUGAGGCACGAUGGGGGACGCGUCAAACGAGCUAGCGAAGGUGGAGAAGGAGUUGGCAGAUAUCAGAAGAAUUGAAGAUAGCAUUCGAGAAAGACAGAUAGAGUAUCUGGCACCCCGUCGAAAGUCGGAAGAGGAGAAGAGAAUAGAGGAGGUGGUAUUGAACAGCGGUCGACUUCUUACCGACGCUUUGAGUUUAUAUGGGGGUUCAAAAGUGAAUUUUGAUCAAGACCGCGUUAGCGGCAACUUCAAACACUCUGAAAGAGCCAUAUCGAAGGAGGCUAUCGGUACCCUUUUUCGAUGGUUGGACAAAGCGGACGAGGAAACGGGAGCUAACGAGACCCAUAGAAACCUGAAUAAUUUAAGGGGGACCUUAGCCGUCAUGAGCGGUCUCAGGAAACAUAAGUGGGUAGAGUUGGAGGAGCAUCAACAGCGGAUUCGUGAUUCCCGACCAGCGAAAGGCGAGAUCGAGGUGCCCACUGAGGAACGUAACAGAUUCCUGAAAAAUGUCGAUGAUUACCUCGUCAUCCUUGAGAGAUUGCGGCGCCUCCAUUGGAAGGAAGUUGAAUAUCUAGAUGAUUUCGGUCUCCAAUUACAGAACGGCGAUUUCCCAGAUGACGAGGCACUGCAGGACUACAUGUAUACAACACUACUCGACCGAAUAAAGACGUACAAUGGCCGUUACGGAUUCCAUAACCGAAGUAUCGCUUUGCUUGACCAUUUUCGUCGCUAUUACAUCGACUUACGCGCGGAACCUCGGUCUGACGCGACUACAAAGGCAUGGGAAGAGCUGCGACUCAUGACAUCGGCGUUUGAUGAGUACAAGUCUUUCAUCUUCAACGAAGAGCUGGAGAAGGGCGUGCUUGCAGGAUUGUGGCCCGAGCAUGCUGUCCCCCUGUUCCUCUACUAACCUCACGAGAAACGGGUACGCCGUAAUAGUAUACUGGGGUUGGCCGCAACGGUUGUGCUUGCACAUGCCGCCGUUAUUGCGAUGACCAAACAUGUUAGUAAACCUUACUUAACGUAUGUUGAUUUUACACAGUCGUCGACUUCGUGCUUGUUCGCGAUGAGCGAGCAUCGGAUUGCGCCGUCAGCGAGUUCGUUACUCACGCAGUGCAUGGCUUGGUAGAGUUCGGUUGUGCCGUCACACAGAGGUCACAUAUCGUUACUGAUGCACAGAAAACAAACACUAACACAAGAUCAAAAGAUACAGCGGAG